UUCUCUAGUAGUAAAUUCGUUUACAACUCUGAAAUGAAAAAAAUGAACAGUAUUCCUACAAAUUUGGCCAUGCCAAAAACCCUAUCGGAAAGCUGUUAGGCUUGAUAAGGGUAUCAUCGGAAUAUUCAAAUCUCAACCGGUAUAUAUAUAAAAGACGCACCCACACUUCGUGUCCAAGACAGAACACCACAUCCGUGUCUGAAACGCAUCAGACUCCAAAAACGCUAUGGAGCAAAGUGAACUCGGCGAUUCGCAUUCCUGCGGAGGAUGUAGCCGGAACGAUGAGAUUAUUUCUGUCGAAGCUCCGGCGCGGUUGGAUACAUUGCCGGAAGAUUGCAUCUCGAUGGUGGUUUCUCAUACAUCGCCGCGAGAUGCUUGCGUUGUGGCUUCGGUUUCGAAAACGGUUAAGUCAGCGGCUGGAUCGGAUUUGGUUUGGGAGAAGUUUCUUCCUCAGGACUACUCAUCUCUUGUUCCUCGAUCGGUAGAUUUCUCGUCGAAGAAGGAGAUUUAUAUGUCUCUCGCUGAUGAUUCCGUUCUGAUCGACGACGGCAAAAAGAGCAUUUGGUGGGAGAAAGGUAGUGGGAAGAAGUGUUACAUGUUAUCUGCGAUGGAUUUAAAUAUCAUUUGGAUUGAUCGUCCUCUUUAUUGGAAAUGGAAUACCGAUCCUGAAUCUAAGUUUGAGAAAGUAGCGGAGCUUCGUCACGUGUGUUGUUUCAGGAUUCGGGGCAAGAUAAGUUGUGGAAUGUUGUCCAAAGGGACACACUACUUGGUCUACUUAGUGUUCAAGAGAACAAGCGGUGGAUCAGUUGGUUUCGAAGAGACGCCCAUGGAAGCUCAAGUCGGGUUUGUGGGGAAAGAAUCUAGCAAAUCGUUUGUGUUACUCGAACCAAGCCGCCGUGGUUAUCGUUACUCGUGUGUUUGGCGCAGACCGGUGUAUAGAGAGUUCAGGACGGGACGUCCAAGGGAAGGAGUUAGAGGAGAGAGGGAGGCUGAUGGGCAUGUGGAGGAGCCCAAGGAGAGAGGAGAUGGUUGGAGUGAAGUGAAGCUUGGGAACUUUUACAUUAGCGAUGGUGGUUGUGAUGAUGAUGGUGAUGAGAUUGAGUUUGCUAUUAUGGAGCCUCGGAAUAGUGAAAUGGGACAAAGGAAAAGUGGUUUGAUUUUCCAGGGAAUUGAGAUAAGGUCAUUGCCAAAUCAUCAAAUUCUGACAAUAUCUGAUUUGAAGUAUCAACAGAGUUUAAAGCUGUUGUAUUGACUGCUUCA